AUGGGCAAGCCAGAUCCUCUCGAAGGCCAUGUCUCCGGCCAAUCGAACAAGCCAAUCUCCAAGCCCGCCCACAGGCUGACCUUCGAGGAUGUCGUCAAGGAGCUGGGCGGCAGCGGCAUCGAUGGCAUCUCAGCUUCCGAUGCAGAAAGUCGACUCCAAGAGUUUGGACCCAACGAGCUCGACAAUGGUCCUGGUGUCAACCCAACUAAGAUCCUGAUCAAACAGGUCGCCAAUGCCAUGAUGUUGGUUCUGAUAAUGGCUAUGGCAGUAUCAUUCGGAAUCAGGUCUUGGAUUGAAGGCGGUGUCAUUGCUGCCAUCAUCGCCUUGAAUAUUGUGAUUGGCUUUAAGCAGGAGUAUUCGGCCGAAAAGACCAUGGAUUCCCUACGCUCGCUGUCCUCGCCGACUUCACACGUUAUUCGUGGAGGUCAGAAUGAGACUGUACCCACAAUCCACGUCGUACCCGGCGACAUGGUCGAGCUGAAGACUGGAGACACAGUCCCAGCCGACAUUCGACUCAUGGAGGUCAUGAACUUUGAGACUGAUGAGGCUCUCUUGACCGGAGAAUCGCUACCCGUCACGAAGGUCGCCGACGAGACACAUGCCGAAGAUAUGGGUCCUGGUGACAGACUGAAUAUCGCCUACUCUUCCAGCACAGUCACCAAAGGCCGAGCAAAAGGUGUCGUGUUUGCUACCGGCAUGCACACCGAGAUUGGAACCAUUGCAGCAGCGCUCAGGGGGAAGAACUCACGGAUCAGAGAACCGAAGAAGACACCCGACGGAAAAGUCAAGCCACAUCGUCAAGCCGAAGCCUGGGCAAAGACUUUCGGGGACCUGGUUGGGCAUUUCCUCGGUGUCAACGUGGGAACACCUCUCCAGCGCAAACUGUCACAGUUAGCUAUCGGUUUGUUCUUCAUAGCUGUCGUGUUCGCCAUCAUUGUGCUGGCUGCCAACGAUUUCGCCGACCAGCAAGAAGUCAUCAUUUACGCUGUUGCCACGGGCCUAUCCAUGCUGCCGGCGUCAUUGAUCGUCGUUCUGACAAUUACAAUGGCUGCCGGUACCAAGAGGAUGGUCGAGCGUCAUGUUAUUGUCCGCAAGCUAAACGCACUGGAAGCUCUAGGAGCUGUCACUGACAUCUGCUCCGACAAGACCGGCACUCUGACACAAGGAAAGAUGGUUGCUCGGAAGGCUUGGAUCCCAGGCCGCGGUACAUACUCUGUUGGGGAGAGUGGCGAGCCGUUCAAUCCGACGCUGGGUGCCCUAUACCACAGCUCCGAUGCGCCAAGGGACGAGCUCUCAGAUGACGAGGUUUCGCCUGAUCAAGAUGAUCGGAAAUCCAAGGAAGAACUUCUCAAAGACAACACCCCACUCUUGGAAUUUCUCAAAGUCGCCUCUUUGGCUAACCUUGCAACUGUCUACAAGUCUACCGAGAGUGACGGCUGGACUGCUAGAGGCGACCCCACCGAGAUUGCUAUCCAAGUUUUCGCUUCCCGGUUCGACUGGAACAGGCGCGAAUUUACUGAUGGAGACGAUCCGGAAUGGAGGCUGAUUACAGAAUAUCCGUUUUCGAGUGACGUCAAGAAGAUGUCUGUCAUCUACCAGCAGAGAGGCAGCGACACCAAAUACGCUUUAAGCAAAGGUGCCGUUGAGCGCGUGCUGGAUGCUUGCAUCAACGUUGACCCUGAAGGCAAGGGUCAAACAACCGAACUCACCGACGACAUCAAGGAAGGCGUGCUUGCGAAUAUGGAAUCACUGGCCUCCAUCGGACUUCGUGUGCUUGCUCUUGCUUCCAAGCCAUACGAUGGUCCCACUGGCACCGACGACAACGAUCGAGAACAAGUCGAAAGCAAUCUGACCCUUCGCGGCCUCGUUGGACUGUUCGAUCCUCCCCGACCAGAAUCUAAGAAUGCUGUCAAGGACUGCCACCGCGCAGGCAUUGGCGUUCAUAUGCUUACUGGUGACCACCCUGGCACGGCUCUCGCCAUCGCGAAACAGAUCGGUAUCGUCCCAGACAGGCUGAGCAAUGUCAGCAAAAAGAUGGAAGACUGCAUGGUUACGACUGCAUCCCGUUUCGACAAGCUUUCUGACCAAGAAAUCGAUGAUCUCCCCGUACUGCCGCUCGUGAUCGCUCGCUGCGCACCGAACACGAAGGUCCGCAUGAUCCAGGCACUUCACCGACGCAAGCAGUUCGCUGCGAUGACCGGUGAUGGAGUCAAUGACUCCCCGUCGCUCAAGCAGUCUGAUGUUGGCAUUGCCAUGGGUCAGGCAGGGUCAGACGUCGCCAAAGACGCCUCGGAUAUUAUACUUACAGAUGACAACUUUGCUUCAAUCUUGAACGCUGUUGAGGAAGGCCGCCGAAUUUUCGACAACAUAAAGAAAUUUGUGCUGCAUCUACUGAGUCAGAACAUCGCGCAAGCCUGCACGUUAUUAAUUGGUCUCGCUUUCAAGGACGACAAUGGCCUGUCUGUCUUUCCACUCUCACCUGUUGAGAUCAUGUGGAUUAUCAUGGUUACUUCUGGUUUGCCCGACAUGGGUCUUGGGCUUGAAAUCGCGGCUCCAGAUAUUCUGUCGCGACCCCCGCAGAAUCUCAAGCGUGGCAUCUUUACUACUGAGCUAUUGGUAGACAUGAUGGUCUAUGGACUUUGGAUGGCGGCACUUUGCUUGUCGGUACGCAUUCCCCAGGUCAUUGGAAACCCCGUACCCGCCCUCACCCUACUCCUCCUUCCUUCCCGCUCUUCGUCCCUUCUAGUGGAAUCAUUCUCCCUGGUCACAUACCGCUGGGGCAACGGUAUCGAGGGUACCAACUGCAAUGAUGCAUACUCAGCCGAAUGUGAUACUGUCUUCAGAGCGCGUGCCACGACGUUCGUCUCCAUGACCUGGUUUUCCCUGUUUCUAGCAUGGGAGCUUAUCAACUUCCGACGCUCGUUCUUCCGCAUGCAGCUCAAGAGCACAAGGUACUUCACGCAGUGGAUGGUCGACGUAUGGCGCAACAAGUUCUUGUUCUGGUCGGUACUGUUCGGCUUCGCUUCCGUCUUUGUCAUCCUGUAUGUGCCUGUUAUCAACACGGUCGUUUUCAAGCACACGGGAAUCUCCUGGGAAUGGGGCAUCGUCAUCGUAGAGGCAGUCCUAUUCUUCGGUGGCAUUGAGUCGUGGAAGUGGGCCAAACGUGUCUUCUUCCGCCACCGGGCUAGGAAGCAGGGCGGUGGCAGAGCGAGGCGCCUGAGCAAUACCGUCUUUGAGGGUUAUCUCGGUAUCGAGCCUGGCGAGCACGACACGCACACUUCGAGCGCCUCUCAAGUGGAAGUUGAAGCCCCUUCUGACGAGGAGGAGCGGGCUGUUGCUGAGAACAGGGUAUGA